UGACAUAUCUUAUGGAACAGAACUUUGUAGAGCGCAAUAAUGGGAUAAGUAAAAGAAAAGCACGAUCCAACUUAGAAAUAUUCAGUUAGAUCCGUAGCAUUCGUGUAACUUGACGUCAGUGACAAUUCAAUGGCUUUGGACAAUUUUCUAUCCCGAAUGGGUUUGGAUACAAAACUUACUGACAGGUAUUCAGAAUUUACGGGGCCCAUGCAUGAUCAGCCCUUAUUUUACACAUAUGAUCCGUCUGCAUCACCGCACAGUCAUGGCAUCUCCACUAAACAUCAUCACUCGGGCGCUGGUCACAAAAGCAACGCAGCAAUGUCCGCCCUAACGUUACUCGCAUUUCUAUUCUUCCUGCACAUAUUGCAGCAGUGCUUGAAGGACCACAUGAUAAACAUGAGCACUCCGCAAGUUAUGAUAAUGACCGCAGGCAAAGAAGGCGAAGAUAAUAUCGCAAAAACGUCGCAUACCAGCAAAAUAGACAAAGCCGGUAAAUCGAACGACGAAAUCAAUUCUCAAACAGAAAUGUCAAAUUUGAAUAAAAGAAAAAUAACCGACGACAAAGACGCGUUCGAAAACCAAAACAUCAACAGAACACCGACGAAAUCUUUGAUGAAAAUAAAAACCGAAGAACAUCGACCACAAAACGGCGCGCAAAAGGAAAAAAUUUUCAAAAAUCACGGCGGUCGAAGUUCAAUUGCCGCUAAUUUUUACGAUGACACCGAUUACUAGAUUUUUUUCAAAAGUUCAACGAAAUCAAUUUUGUAUUUAAAUAAAAAUAACAAUGUAAAUAAUACCGUUUAUAUACCAAUUAUAUACAAACAUGAAUUUUUAAACACAUACAUCACAAUCUUCCUUCGUUUCACUGACAAAUCAGUAGUCUUACUAAAUAUAGA